AUGGCCUCCAAGCCGGCUGCCGGGAGGAGCCCGGGGGAGAAGCGCAAGAGGGUGGUGCUGACCCUGAAGGAGAAGGUGGACAUCUGCCGGCGCCUGGAGGAGGGGGCGAGCAGGAAGGCGCUGGUGCAGGAGUACAACGUGGGCAUGUCCACCCUGUACGACAUCAGGGCCCACAAGGCCCAGCUGCUCCGCUUCCUCGCCAGCUCCGACUCGGACAAGGCCCUGGCGCACCGGCGCACGCUGCACACGCCCAAGCUCGAGCACCUGGACCGCGUGCUGUACGAGUGGUUCCUGGUGAAGCGCGCAGAGGGCGUGCCCGUCUCGGGCCCCAUGCUCAUUGAAAAGGCCAAGGACUUCUACGAGCAGAUGCAGCUGACCGAGCCCUGCGUGUUUUCUGGCGGCUGGCUCUGGCGUUUUAAGGCCAGACACGGCAUCAAGAAGCUGGAUGCGUCCAGCGAAAAGCAGGCGGCCGACCACCAGGCUGCAGAGCAGUUCUGCGGCUUCUUCCGGAGCUUAACUGCCGAGCACGGCCUGUCCCCCGAGCAGGUGUACAACGCCGAUGAGACCGGCCUCUUCUGGCGCAGCUCGCCCAGUCCCAGCCCGGAGGGCGGGGCGGUGCCCGGCCCCAAGCAGAACAAGGACAGGCUGACCGUCCUCAUGUGCGCCAACGCCACGGGCUCCCACAGGAUCAAACCCUUGGUGGUCGGGAAAUGCGGCGCCCCCAAGGCGGUCCAGGGCAUCCAGCACCUGCCUGUCGUGUACAAGGCCCAAGGUAACGCGUGGGUGGACAAGGAGAUUUUUACUGACUGGUUCCAUCACAUCUUUGUGCCCGCGGUGAAGGAGCACUUCCGAGCCGUGGCUCUGCCCGAAGACAGCAAGGCCAUCCUCCUGCUGGACGGCUCCCGCGCCCACCCGCGGGAGGCCGAGUUGGUUUCGGAGAACAUUUUCACCAUCUUCCUGCCCGCCAGCGUCACCUCCCUGAUCCAGCCCAUGGACCAGGGCAUUCGCAGGGAUUUCAUGAGGAACUUCGUCACCCCUUGCGGCACGCUGCAGGCCUUCACCCCCCGCUGCAGCGUGCACGACGCCGUGCUCGACGUGGCCUGUGCCUGGAACGCGGUGCCGGGCGCCGUCUUCAGCCGGGCCUGGAGGAAGCUGUGGCCCAAGGUCACGCUCGUCGAAGGCUCGUCUUCAGAGGAGGAGCCCGAGUGCCUCAGGACGAAGCCUCCCGACCAGACCUUCAUGCACAUCCCCGGGCUCGGGGGAGGCGCCCCAGCCCGCCUUGGGAGCGCGGCCACGGGGAGUCCCGAGCUGGCCGAGGCGGGGGUGGGUGACGAGGCAGCCUGGGAGCAGGCGGCUGCAUCCUUCGAUGCUGUGGUGCGCUUUGCGGAGGGGCAGCCCUGCUUCUCGGCACAGGAGGUGGGCCAGCUGCGCGCGCUGCGCUCUCUGUUCGGCAGGCGGCAGCAGGCACAGCGGUGCAGGGCCCUCAGGGCCUCAGUCAAGCUCGAGGCACCCUGGGAGCACGCUGGGCCUCGCGGCGCCCCGCCUCGCUCCCCUCUGCCCGGCUCGUCCACAGCGGGUGAGGCCUGA